GAUGCAACUAAAUUAUUGAGCAUAAGAUGGAACGAAGGUCUCCAGCUCCAGGAAGUGAUUCACUUGUUCCAGAAGAGGAGGUUAAAUCUUUUUCGAAGAAUAUGGGAACCUUCUCAUUAGUCACAGCAGCUGCUGCUGCUGCUGCAAGAAGGCUUGAAGGCAAAGUGGCACUGAUCACUGGUGGAGCCAGCGGCAUAGGGGAGUCCACAGCAAGAGUCUUCUCAAAACUUGGAGCUAAAGUUGUGAUUGCGGAUGUGCAAGACGACUUGGGUGAAUCUGUUUGCAGAGAUCUAAAUUCUUCAUCCGCUUCCUUCGUCCAUUGCGAUGUAACAAAAGAAGAAGACAUCGAACAUGCAGUUAAAACAGCCACAAGCAAGUAUGGAAAGCUAGACAUCAUGUUCAACAAUGCAGGCAUAAUUGGCACACCCAAACCCAAUAUCCUCGACAAUGGCAAGGCUGAAUUUGAGCAAGUGAUUAGGGUAAAUCUAGUCGGAGCAUUUUUGGGGAUUAAACAUGCAGCUCGUGUGAUGAUCCCGGCAGGACAAGGCAGCAUAAUCAACACUGCUAGUGUUUGUUCUACCAUGGGCGGAAUUGCUUCACAUGCCUACACAAGUUCGAAGCACGGAGUAGUGGGGCUAAUGAAAAAUGCGGCCGUUGAGCUUGGACAAUACGGUAUUCGUGUAAAUUGCGUGUCACCAUACCUAGUUGCAACGCCGUUGGCGAAGCACUUCUUCAAUCUUGAAGACGACGGAGUGCAUGGAGUUUAUUCCAACCUUAAAGGGAAGGUUCUUAGGCCAGAAGAUGUUGCUGAGGCUGCCCUUUACUUGGGUAGUGAUGAGUCAAAGUAUGUUAGUGGGCAUAAUCUUUUGGUGGAUGGAGGUUUUAGUAUUGUGAACCCAAGGUUUUGCAUGUUUGAGAAAUCUUGAGGAAAAAAAUUCACUCUAAUGCAUGGGACAAAAUUAAUAAAGUGAUGAUGCCUAAAUGAGCAUGAUAACGUUUGUGCUGUAAUAAUUUCACACUUUUGUUUGCUAUGUGACUCAUUAAGAGCAGAGAAUGAAACCAAAAUUUUUUUUGGGGCAA